CAUUAUGCAAGACAAUCUAAAUCAAACUGCUUCAUUUUUCCGUCAUCCUAAACUCAAAAUCCCAAAACUCAAAUGCACUUAUGAACUUAUUUGCUCUCCUGAUCUCGAAAUACCUACUUUUAGUAGAAAAGAUGACUCAUUCCAAAAUCAAUCAUUAUUCAAACAAUGUCAAAGGAGAAAUAGCCAAACUAAUAUCUCUAACAAUCAACUAUAAAAUAUAUUCCAAUCCAUACCACUAAAAAAAGCCAAUUCAGACUCUAAAAAAAAUCCCAAAGUUCCACCACUUAAGAUACACUAAAAAUCACUACUUUCCAAACUUUCAGACUAAAAAUCAAUCAGUUAACAUUCAACUACAUUGCUUAGAGGAAGAGGUAACAUAAAAAUACUCUAAAAUCCUUUUAUCACAGACUCUCGUCAUUCUCAAAAAUCCACUUGUACUCCUGAAAGCUAGCCUCCGCAACCAAGAGGAAAACCAUUUUUAUAAAGAAAAGCAUAAAUACAAAUGGUUAAUAGAGUAUUCUCUUCUAUGUCAUAACAUAAAUGA